AUGAGAGUCAGUUCGGUGAUUGUGCUCUUCUUCGGGUUGGCUUUUGGUAAGUUAAUUUAAAUAUUUGCAGCGGUUUUAUUGCAAUUUCAAAACAGUCAGCUUCAAAAUUCUCUAUGAAAACGUGAUUGUAGCUAAACCGUCUGCAUUUUCAGCCCUCUCCGCAUAUGCCAGCGAAGAAAAACAGAAUAACGUCGAGGUGGUUGCUGAAGCCGUUUCACCGGCUGCCGUAGAAGCCGUGGAACGCCGUACCCGCCGCCCCCACCCCACCCAUCCCCAUCGCCCAACCCGUGGAUCUCGCCGUCCCCGCCGCCCACGGGCACACAACCGCAAUCACCGCCGUCUUCACGGCAGCAGCACCCCAGCCUCGAUCGUCCAGAAACGUGAAGCCGGCUUUUUCAAUGUGCAAGUUGUUGACGCCGGACGCUCCCGCCGUCCUCAUCCUCAUCACUGGAUUAACCGCCGUGGACGUCCUCAUCAUCAGAGCACAACCCCAGCCUCCAUUGUCGAGAAGCGUGAAGCCGGCUUUAACGUGUUGGUUGAUGUUGAAGCCGCCGGAAAGGAUGGCCGCCCGGUCACUCGUAGGACUAAUGGAGGAGGAAAGAAGUCACUUCCCCGCAAACCCGCCAACAAAACCAGUGGGCGCAAACAGAACAACAAGGACAAGCAAGGAAGACCCUUCACCCCAAAUCCAUAA